ACGUGAUAAACAAUGGCGGCCAGGGGUCGAAGUACCCGUAUGUUCGGUUCCGAGAAUAGGCUUAAUGCCUUGGGCAGGUUAACCUCACAAUGUGCUUGCACUCGAGGUUAAUCUAAAUUGUGAGUAGCCCAACUUCCCAAGUACUCUGCUGUUCGAGAUCUAGACAGAUAUUUGGAUGGUUAUGAUCACUCUCUGAGACAGAGACAUCUCUAUGGUGAAAACACGGAAUGACUGCCUAUUUCUAUCUAUAGUUCUCUCUCUCUCUCACUCUCUCGCUCUGUAAAAAUUACAUAAUGUACUAAGUAGUGAAUUUGUUUACUGAUUAAAUGUUGUUUUGUUUUAGAAAAAUGUGCUACCAGUGGAGUCACAUUGCUGAAGUACGGUUACUGCACAGUGGGGUUGGUUUAGAGGAAUGUCAGUAUAUCCAAUGUCAGUGUACCAGAGCAUUCAUACGAGACAAUGAUCUGUGUAAGCUUGGUCAGGUUGGUGAAGAUGAAAGCCAGGAUUCUGAAGAGUCGAAUGAAGAAAACUUUGACACCUCGCACAUCGUCAGUAAGCUUGCUGAUGAAAUGACUGGAAAACCCAUUUCAGAUGAAGAAGAUGAAGACGUGAUAUUAAUGCGACAGAUGGGACUUCCUGUUUAUUUUGGAGGACAAAGCACUCCUAAAACUGAUUGCUCUGGUAAACACACCGCUACAUCAAGAAGCAAAAGGAAAAAACGGAAAAGCAACAAAAAGAGAAACUCUGAAUAUUCUGAAGAAACUACAGAAGAGGCUGACGAGACAUUUGAACAUUAUUACAGAGAAGUUGUUGAUGACAUUUACAUAAACAAUCAACCAGCAGGAGUUGAACCCUGUGAUUCUAAUCCACCUGAGUUGUUUAGUCGUGUUGAAGGUCACGUUUUAGAUGACACUGACACCAGCGGCUUGCCUACUGAUAUUCCUGAUGUUGAAACGGCCUGGCAGGAAUUCUGGGCAAAGUAUGGGGAGAUGGUUGUGUGGCAGGGCUGGGUGGCUAAAUAUCCAGACCAUGUUGACUAUGACAAGCUAACAGUGGUGCCAUCUGUUGUGGAGGUGGAGAUUACCACAGAAGUUGAUCCAGGUAAUGAGAUGGCAGGUUCUGAGGAAGGUGGUUGUGAACAAGUUGAACAAAACAUUGACAGUGGUGGUGUUGAUAUUGGGGCUGAAAAUACAGACGAUCUAUCCAGUCAGAUUUCAAUGAAUAAUAUGGACAAAGAUUGUUCACCUGAGGAAAUGAAAAGCAAAUCAAUCCAUCUUAGUUCAGAAAAUGAAAUAAUAGCAAAUUCGAGUGACACGAAACAUAACAAAGAUGACUGCAAUAUUGAGGAAGGGAAAAUAGAGCUUUCCAGUGCUAGAAACAAAGUGACAGCAAAUGGUAACAACAGUGAAAAUCAUAAUGGGGAAGAUGAUGCCAUUAUAGGUAGUACAGCAGAAAUGCUUGAUAGUCAUGAUAAUGAAAUGUUGGAAAAUGCUGUUGGAGAGAGUGACAUUGGUGUGUCCCAGACAGUAGAUGGCAGUGUACCAUGUUCUCUGACACCGAGGCUUAAAUCUAGUGAUAACUUGGCUGGCUUCAACCAGGCUAUUGAGUCCACCAUGAGGAAUCGAACUGAGCAGCCUAUGUCUGAAGCAGACUCUUCACAGAAUGACUCUUCUUUCAGACUUGCCACAGAGAACAACAGAAUCAACGAGAACACGGAACUUGUGCACAUGAUGCACAGCUAUGCUGGCUGUUUCUUUGAGUCAAGCUCUCUAGUCGGUCAGGACCAGGACCAGGGGGAGGGUUCCAAAAUCACUGAUGAUCUGGUAGAUGAUGGUGGACAGAAUCAGAACUAUGACCAGAUGUGGCAGGAGCUGUGGGACGAACACUACACAGAGAUGUAUUGGUAUCACUGUAACAGAUUCGCAUCAUGGUUUAACGAAAGUGUCGCAAGCUAUCUGGCUUUCCAGGAUGGUCUUGCUGGUCAGUCCAUCUCUGAAGAAAGACUAGAUACCUGUGAGGCAUUGGAAACGAACCAAAACAACUGUAAUUUAGAUACUGAAACAAAUCAAACAGAAGAAACACAGGGUAUUUGUGAAGCACUAGAUGGAAAAGAAACAGAUGUGAUGAAAGAUAAAUGUACUUUCCAUGAAGAAGUGAACAAGAAUUAUAAUAACUGUAAUUUGGGUAGUGGAACAGAUAUCAUGAAAAACAAAUGUUUAAAAGAUAUGCUUGCAAUGCCAAAUCAGCAAGCCUCUUCACUUGUUUCUGCUUUUGGGACUGAUUCUACCACAGAACAGGCAGAGGGUGGUUCUAAUCGGAGUAAUACAGAAUUUGACAAUACAUCUAUGCUUCAGAAUCGGUUUUUCCAUUUAGACAUAAGUUCACAGUUGAGGCAGUGUCAAGAUGGUGCUUCAAGUGGACUGCUGCACAGAGAUCACAUUGAUCAUGAGGUGAGAGUCAAAGGCAAAGAUGCAGAUACAAGUUCUUUUGAGGAUGGAAUGAUGACUGACCAACCAAACAUGGGGGAAAGAUCUCAGACAAAUGAGUCGGGUGAUGAAAGAUCAGAGCCCACAGAUGGUAGAUCAGGAAAGCGAAAACAUAAGAAGCAUUCCUCACAAAGAAAUAACAUUCAGGGCACCAGUAUAUCACAGAGUUCAACAAGUCAAAGUGGGAAUUACGUGCAGGGAUCAAGGAGCCUUGGAGGAGGUGAUGGAGGGGAUGAGGAGCCACCGGAUGAGAUUCCAUUCAAACUGCCCAGAAGUCAUGAAAAUGAUUUUGAAGAAGUUCCUAACACAGAGAAGAAAGACGUAAGAGAAACUCUUCAGUCAUUUGGAUUUAAACUGAGUCCUGACGUUGACGGCAAACAACCUGUUUCAGUUAUCAAAAGUGGACAAGUAACUUUAAAGAAUCCAAAAGUUCACCAGCAGACUUCUAGACUAAAUCUGGGCAACAAGCCAACCAACAUGAUGUUUGACAGUGAGGGAAAACCGAUCAAUUUUCGGGAAAAUAGAGCUGUGAAAAAAGCUAAAUCUUUCUUGGAAGCGGUCAAAGAAAGUGACAAACAAGCAGACACAAAAGUUAAUGACCCAUCAAAUCCAUUUGUAAAUGUUGGCGUAGAUUGUGAUUCUGAAUUGGUGAUGAAUGGUGAUUCUAGUGAUAAUCAGAAGUUAGCAGAUGCUGAAUUAGUGAAAAAUGAAGACUCUAGUGACACAUCAUCGCAGACGGCACAGUUAGUGGGGAAUUCUAAUUCUGUUGACUCGUUGCCAACAACUGAACAGUUAUCUCAGGAUGUUAUUAAUUCAGCAAAAGACUUAUCAUUCUCAAGCAAUGACUUUCCAGCAGAUGAAUCAGACAGAGUUGCUGUUGAUUACUCGGACACAAUGUUUGACAUUCUAAAACAAGAUCCAGAGGAUCUGUUGCCUAAGGAACCAAGUGCUCCGGUGCAGAGGAAGGAAAAGAGGAAAAAGAAGAAGAGACGGUUGAAACGUGUACCAGUCCCCUUGGAGAUCUCGUCGGAUGAAACGAUGAGGAAGUACUGGGCCCAGAGGUACAGGCUGUUCUCAAGAUUUGAUGAAGGAAUCGAACUGGAUCGAGAGAGCUGGUUUUCCGUUACCCCGGAGAAAAUAGCAGAACAUGUGUCUGAACGAUGCCAAUGUGAUGUGAUUGUUGAUGCAUUCUGUGGAGCAGGAGGAAACACCAUCCAGUUUGCCUUCCAGUGUGAAAGAGUAAUUGCAAUUGAUAUUGACCCCGAGAAGAUUGCGCUGGCGAAACACAAUGCUGCCGUGUAUGGUGUUGAUGACCGAAUUGAAUUCAUUGUGGCUGACUAUCUGCAAGUGGCACCCAGCCUGAAGGCAGAUGUUGUGUUUCUGAGUCCACCAUGGGGAGGACCUGAGUAUCUCGACGCGGAGGUCUUCGAUCUCGAAACCAUGAUAGAACUCGGUUCAACAAAGAUAUUUGAAGAGACGAGGAAGAUCACAGACAACAUUGCUUUCUUUGUUCCAAGGAACGCGAACAUGGACCAGUUGACAGCACUUGCUGGACCUGGUAAACAAGUAGAAGUUGAGCAGAACUUUCUCAACACAAAGCUGAAAACUGUGACUGCAUAUUUUGGAGAACUUAUCCUGGAUGGAAAAAAACCUUGAGAACAAUAUAAACCUCGAUUUAGUGCAAUUAUGAACAUACAUGUACCAGUAGCAGUUAAUGUUGCAUUGACAUCUGAUGUCAUAUUUUGCCACAUUAAGAGCUUUGUGCAACAUAAGAAUGCAGGCAUGCAAUGGUGAAUCAUUUAAAGAGUGGUGUUAAAAGGUUUGUACUCAUCUGUUGCAAAUUUCAGGCACAUAAAUGCUGUCUAAAUUGGCAGUUUUGACAUUAGGGGACUACUUUCUCUGUUGGUGGAAAUAUGGCAUGUUAAUGCAAAAUUAGAUGUGAAACAUGGACACUUUAAAUAAAAAGAUUCAUAUUCACUCAAAUUCAUUUGUAUUGAAAAAACAUCAUUUUAGUUUUUAAAGAUUUUUAUAUUAAAUGCCAGAUAAAAAUGUCUGUUUUAUGUA